AAUCAUGAUUAGUCCCGCUUCACUUCUUGUUCUCCUCCUAACUCUGCUCACGCAUUGGCCCCCUCAAGCGCAACCUACUGACACGUCCGACGUCUCCGGCAUGAUCACUCAGGUCUGCGACCACACCCUGAACGGGAAGCUGUGCCGGAGCGUGCUCGAGUCGGGCGGCCCAGCGAGCGACUACUCGGAACUCGCCAGGAUCGCCCUGAGGGCCGCGAUGGCGAACGCGAGCGCCAUCUUCAACCACGUCGACAGCCUCGUCCGGGCAGGCGACCCCGACCCCUUCGUGAGGCAGUGCCUGUCGGACUGCUCCGACGACUACCAGGACGCGAUGGACCAGAUUGAGGACUCCCUGGCGGCGCUCGAGACCCGAGGGUACGACGACGUGAGCGCAUGGGUCGGGGCCGCGAUGAACGACGCGGACUCGUGCGAGGAGGGGUUCAAGUCGAAGACGGGGUACCGCUCCCCCCUCACCGACAUGAACGAGGCGUUCCACGAUAUCUGCACCAUCAUUAUCGCCAUAAGCCAUCUGCUGAUCGAGACGUGAUCGGCCGGAGCUCGUUCUGCGACGGUCGAUCGGUCUAUCGGAAGGCGAUCGGCCGAAGCA